AUGAUUCCAAGGCAGAACCAAAGUUGGGUUUCUGAGUUUAUUCUGCUUGGCUUCUCCAGUGACCCCAUGACCAACAGCGCUCUCUUCAUUGUGUUCCUUCUUACCUACCUGAGCACAGUCAUGGGUAAUGGGCUCAUCAUCAUGCUGAUCUGCAUGGACACACAGCUGCACAUGCCCAUGUACUUCUUCCUGUGUAUACUCACCAUGCUGGAUGUUGCCUAUGUCACUACCACCAUGCCCCAGCUGUUGGUGCAUCUUCUUACUAAAUUUCAGACCAUCUCCUUUGCUGGCUGCUGGCUCCAGAUGUGUGUGUUUGGUGCAUUGGUCCUCACUGAGUGCAUCCUCUUUGUUGUCAUGGCUUAUGACCGGUAUGUGGCAAUUUGUUAUCCACUAAGUUAUACUGUUAUUCUCAACUGGGACUUGUGCAUACAGUUGGCAGCUGGGACCUGGAUCUGUGGAUUCUUCUUCUCUCUGAUACACACCUUCUUAACCAUGAGGCUUCCAUACUGUGGCCUUAACAAGGUUAACCAUUACUUCUGUGAAGGACCCUCAGUACAUAGCUUGGCUAGCAUGGACACUCAUCUCAUUGAAAUCGUGGAUCUAGUCAUGAGUGUCUUCCUAAUUGUUGCCCCAAUCUCCCUCAUUGUGGCCUCCUAUGCCAUGGUAAUUCUCAAAAUAAAGUCUACACAGGCCCGCUGUAAGGCUUUCUCUACCUGUGCCUCCCACCUAACUGUGGCCACAUUCUUCUCUGGUUCAGCCUCUUACAUCUACAACAUACCUCCUGUUACUUACUUCUCUAUACUGGAACUAUACAUGCUUUCAUUGACAAAAGCAUGUGUGCAAAGAGGCCCAUCAUUAUCCUGA